ACCACAAAAACCUUACAUGAACGAGGAGUUGCUGUUAAUCCUUCGCGAGCCUGAUUUUCCGAGUGUGUCUGCGUGGUGUGCAAGAGUGGAAGAGCAAGAUUCUAACUGCGAGAUUGAGCUCAAGCCACCGCUUGCAGGACAGAAGCUGGCCAAAGCACGCAGACUCUUACAAGUCUAGGAAAUAAUGUUUGGGGUGGAAUUCAUGAAAAAUCGGAUCCGUUCCGCCAGUGCACGGAGCCUGAUCAUCACCUCGUUUCUUUGUGGCACACAUCCAUUGGAGCUGCUUUUUAGAAAUAGAGGAUGGAGAUUCAGGUGCCCUCCUUCAGACCCUCUUUCCCCGUGGGUUGUCCUCUGGCCGCAGAGCAUCCCUUAUGAGAGCCUUGGGCUCCUGGGCUCGUUCACUCAGUCCCUGGUGGACCAUCAUCACACCCUCCUGCACAACGGGUAUUGGUUUGCCUGGAUGAUUCACGUGGCAGAGUCCUUGUAUGCCAUGGUGCUGUGCAAAGAAAAAUAAGGAAGUUGGAACGGUCAGACUGAGUGAUCACAUAGAGGCACGCUGAGAAUCAGGGCUGGUGGCCUUCCCUGCUGCUGACCGAAGUGUCCUUUCCCUACACUGGACCCCAGGACACGGUGCCCUGUGGCUCGCAGGGGUUGAUUGCUGCUCCAGCUCAGGGUGCAGCUUAGCUCUGCUUCCCCCACCUUACCUGUCCCCCUGCCGUGCACGGAGUUGUUUGACCAGUGUUGAUUGCUGACUUCACUUUCUACUCGUUCAUUAUCAUUCCAAUUUUUAUGUGAAAACUACAGGACUCAUUGCAUACACUGUCCUCUCAAAAGACAGCCGCAAGACCUUUGGCUGACUGUGUCACCUCUUGGUGAGACUCCCGGUGGGAAACCUGUCUCUUUUUCAUGCUUUCAUGUUCUCCAUCACUGUCUCCAGACUCCAAGUGUCUUCCUCCAGCUCUGAAGAGUCUAGCUCAUGGUUUAUCCAUCAAGUUAGUGUCUUCCGUUCUGGUGGAUAUAUCUUACUACUGUUGACUGGUGGGAUGACUCUGUCACCAUUAGGAGCCAUUAGGCCUCCUUCCCUAGAGGAUGGCUUACUUGUUCUCUUUGGACUAGUCUUCAUACCCCUUCCAUAAUAUGGGGAGGGGGCAAGUUAUUUGUAUUAAGCACACAUUUAUGAGAAACAACUACCUCCCCCAAAAGAGAGCUUCCAAUUGAAACCACAAUAUAAAAGAUUAUGGACUGGGGCCACCAACCCUGUUGCAUAGCACGUUAAACCUCCACAUCACACAUGGGCACUGGUUCCAGACCCAACUGCUCCGUUUCUGAUCCAGCUCUCUGCUAAUAAUGUGCCUGGGAAAGCAGCAGUGGAUGGCCCAAGUCCUUGGCCUGCAGCCUCGUGGGAGACCCAAAAGAAGUUCUGGGCCUGGCUUCAGCUUGGCCCCGCCCCAGCCACUGUGGUUAUUUGAAGAGUGAACCAGUGGAUGGAAGAUUGCUGUCUUGCUUGCUCUUUUAAAGAAAAAAGAAUAUGGACUAUGAAUUGUUUCUGGUGGUAUUUGUCUUAAAGUUUUUCUCUAGUUCUCUUGUGAUUAUGAGUUGCUUUUCACUAAGGAACCCCAUUUUUGACCAUGGAGUUAAGCAUCAUGGAAAUCAAACCCAGUUUUUAAGAAGUCCUUUCCAAAGAGAAAUAAUAAUGACUAAUAUUGGUGGUGCUGGGGACCGUGCUAUCAGGUUAUUGAAAGAAAUGGAUUAAUUUAAAUAAAAUGCUGUGAGUUAUCUCUUCAA